CAACAUCACACCGUGCCGCGUCGUCGUCUUCCUCCUCGGAGAGCAAAGUCGAAUGAAACGUAAGUUACCGGCCGCGCAGGUCAAUUCACCAGACGCGCUGUAAACACACCAGAGUUGCGAGCUAAGUCGGAUCCGAAAGUUGGAGGAGGGCGAGGAAAAGUAGAGCUCGGAGGCGAGGCUUGCAAGGUCUCCCCUGCGGCGCCGGCAGGGCAGCGGCCAGCGGGGGAGGCGAUGGCGCACGAGCGGGGCGGCGCGGCAUCCACCCCCGCGGCGGCACCAACCUCCGAGGAGGACGCGCUGUUCAUUGAUUUACUACAUGAAGCCCCCCUGUCUGGUCAUCGUGAACCUAGAAGCAUAGUUGGUGGCACCUUGUACUGUAUCUUGUUGGUAGGUCUUGCUUCUGUUGCCAUUUCAGCUCCAUGGAUAUUUCUCUUUGCACCAGACAUGAUCUCUCCAUUGCUAUGCAGCUCCAAUGUUAUCCUUCUAGUUCUUACAGGCAUUUUUCAACAAUACUGGGUUCACCAGGUCAGGAAAGUGAGAUUGCAGGGCUAUUAUGAGUUCAGCCAGAAACUGAAGCAUAUUGCUCGACUUCCAUUUGCUACUAUUGCUAGCGGGACUGCUCUGAUGCUCUUAAUCAUGGUCUGGCAACCUCUUGUACACAUUCUAUCAGUCUCACUGCUGCUGAGGAUUGCCAUUGUUGUUGAAGUCACGUGUGCUGGCUGUUUUAUGGGCUUAUACAUAUGGCAUAUCCACAGAUACAACUCUUUGGAUGGUCAGCCUGAUAUUUUGCGGUCAUUAUAUUCUGCACUCCAGCCAUCUAAUACUUUUGAAGAUCAAAGGUAUUAUGAUGCCCGUCUUUCUGAUCAGCAGAUGGCGUUACUUCAGUACCAAAGGGAGAAUAUUCAUUAUCUGAGUGAGGAGGUCCUCCGCUUGCAAGAAUGCUUAAGCAAAUACCAGAGAACUGAUGCUGGGACAACUCCUCAGGUUGAUCUUGCCCAUCUUUUAGCAUCUCGUGAUCAAGAACUUCGAGCGCUUACCGCUGAGAUGAAUCAAGUGCAUUCUGAACUUCAACUUGCCCGUGGUUUGAUUGAUGAAAAGGAGUCAGAGAUCCAGCGUAUUCGUGUGAGCAACAACCAAUAUGUCGAAGAAAAUGAUAGACUCAGAGCUAUUCUUGGUGAAUGGAGUGCUCGAGCAGCAAAGCUUGAACGAGCGUUGGAGGCCGAGCGAGCGUCAAACGUUGAAUUGCGGAAGAACAUUGCAAAGUUAAGAGGUCAUUUGUACAAAGAGCAGGAGGCCUGAUUCCCCCUUUCGUCAUUUGUACAAAGAGCAGGAGGCCUGAUUCCCCCUUUCUUAGGAGCAUGUACAUCUUCAGUAUAUUCUAGCUAGUUCCAGAGUUAAGAAUUUUACCUAGGCAGCUGACUAAAGUUAAUCAUCUCAUGGAAUAUGAGAAUCCCAGAUGAUCAACACAAGUUUUUGAUAGAAGAAGAGCAACUCUGUCUGGAUUUGCUCAAAUCGAAACUGAUUACAAGAUGGGACAAGACUGUCCGAUGAUGCAUAUGCAUCAGAGAGAAGAUGAAAGGAUCUCUUGUGAUAGUAGAAUGCGUAGUUGUAAAGGGUCUCAUGGGCUUGAUUAUGGGGAGUAUGGUUGGUUAGAGACUGCUGGGUUUGUUAUGUGGUUGUGUUUGCUCCAACGAAUCCUGUGACAACGAUAGACUUGCACGGACUGAGUUGUUAUGUGGUUGUCUUUGGUUGCC